UAUAUAUAAGAAAAUAUAUCGAAAAAUAUGAAAUUCAUUUUUUUCUCCGUUUGGUGCUUAUCAGUGUUGUUUUCCUUCACAUGUAGUAUUAAUGUUCCAGAUAAUGGAAAAUUGCGCGUUUGUAUUGUUGAAGCGAGAGGUAUAUACCGUAAAACCCCCAAAUUUUGUCCAACAUUGGAGGCUACGUCUAACAUAGAAUGUGUUGUUGGCGUAGAUCGAUUAGAUUGUGUACGCCGUAUACAUAAAGGCACAGCACACUUUGGCGUAUUGACCUCUGAAGAUUUAGUCGCAGCUCGCUGGGCUAGUGUGGAAAUUCUUGUAGCUAGUGAACUACGUUCACAUAAUUCACCUUUUGAAUACGAAGUUGUCGCUGUAGUCGACAAUGAAGCUGAUAUAAACACUGUACAUGACUUACGUGGCUCGAAAUUAUGUCACCCAGGAUAUGGUCUAGAAAAUCAUUGGACAGACGUUUUAGCUAAUUAUUUUGAAUCAACAUUAGUUGCUAAGUCAUGUGAUCCUGAAAUCUCAGUAGUUGAGGAUCGCAUUCGUUCUGCAGCAAAAUAUUUUGGUCCUAGUUGCAAAGCUGGACCUUGGGUUCCUGAUCCAAAACAAGAUCGCAUCUUAAAAGAUCGUUAUUCAACCUUAUGCCAAAUGUGCUAUGAUCCUUAUCGUUGUGGAAUCGGUGAUAAGCAUUGGGGUAGAAGAGGAGCUCUUUAUUGUUUAACAAGUGGUGGAGGUAAUGUGGCUUGGGCACGUUUGGAUGAUGUCCGAAGUCACUUUGGUCUUACUAGCUUGCCAGCACAAGCCGAAUUAUCAGAAUAUAGUUUUCUCUGCAUGGACGGUCACAUGCAACCCAUAAACUCUACUAAACCAUGUGUAUGGGUAGCCAAACCUUGGCCCGUAAUUGCCGCUAGACGAUCUCAUGCUGCUCAAAUACAAAGACUAGUUACAGGUCUAUCACAUGAUGAUCCAAAUAGUUGGCAAAACGCACUUCUUAGUUUAUUAGAAACAUAUCAUAUUGAUAUAAAUCCACUUGACAAUGUAAUACCAAUUGAUGACUAUCUAGAUCAAGCGCCUGCAUUUCAAAGUGCAUACAGUUUUCCAGAAUGCAAUCCCCCACGUUCAAUUGUAUAUUGUACGACAUCAAUUAUUCAACACAUAAAAUGUUCAUGGUUACAGGAAGCUUCUCAAGUGUACGGUGUGGAACCAAACAUUCAAUGUAUACGUUCUGCAAGUUUAGAAUCAUGUAUGGAUGAUACACAAUUCAAAGCAGCGGAUGUCGUUGUAGUAGAUCAAGAAAGUCGUGUCAAAGCACAAAGAGAUUAUAAUCUAUUGCCGAUCCUUUAUGAAUUUUCACAAAAUAUGCAUGAUCGUUACGCUACAAUAGCAGUAAUACAUAAUGAUGCAAAAUAUGAAAGUUUUAAAGAUCUAAAAGAUGUUAAAGCAUGUUUCCCAUCCUAUGAAGGUGCUGCACAUUUGUCCGUACAAGAUACAAUAUAUAAUAUUACUGGUCAAGUAACAAGUAUACAUAACUAUUUUCAUCGUGACUCCUGCACUUGGCAUCCUCACUCACACCGUAAAUGUCCUGAGUAUUAUAAAGGUGAUGAAGGUGCGCUGCGUUGCUUGGCGGAAGGUGCUGACGUAGCUUUCCUUAGCUCUGAUAUAUAUAAGUUAUAUACAGUUGGUAAUUUAACAUCAGACUGGGUUGCAAAAACAAAACAAAAAUCCUUUAAAAUUCUUUGCCCUUAUGGUAGUAACGAACAUGGUUCUAAAUUUGAAUAUUGCUAUCUUCACUGGACAUCACGCGGUCACUUUAUGACUCAUAAUAGCACGAUAGCUCGACGAAAUGAAAUAUAUAAUACGUUAAGUGAUAUGGAUCGUUUAUUUGGAAAGACUUACAAAUCAGAAACACGCCCCUUUACAAUGUACGGAAUAUUUGAUAAACGCAAUAAUGUUUUGUUUCACGAUAGUACUGACAGUUUAAAGGGAUCACAGGAUUUGAAGAAAGAUUAUGCCAAACGCUCUAUGGAAGAUGUAUACGAAAAAUAUGCGAGUCAAUUCUAUACAGAUUAUAGUGCAAGCGCCGCUAAAAAAUUUACAUUCAAUUUAUAUGGAUAUUCGGCCUUUGCAUUCAUUUAUUUAAUAAUUUGCAUGUUUUUCUAUAGUUUUUAAGUCAAUACUUUAUUCCAUUUACUUCAUUAAUGUUUAGUUAUUUAUUGUGAUAUUACUUUGUAAUAGUAUAGUUUUUAAAAUCUUUGUAAUGAAUAUUUAGUGAAAGGAUACAUACAUUUUAAUUUCUCA